CUCAGAGCCAGCUGCUCAGGAUGGGCGUCCUCGGCCCCAAGCCACUGCCGCUGCCGCCGCCGCUGCCACUGCUGCUGCUAACGCUGGGAAUUGGGUGCUGUGCCCGGGAGGUGCUGGUCCCCGAGGGGCCCCUGUACCGAGUGACUGGCACAGCUGUGUCCAUCUUCUGCAAUGUCAGCGGCUAUGAGGGUCCUGCCCAGCAAGACUUCGAGUGGUUCCUGUACAGGCCUGAGGCCCCAGAGGCUGCACUGGGCAUCGUCAGUACCAAGGACGCACGGUUCUCCUAUGCCAUCUUUGGGCCCCGUGUGGCGGCUGGUGAGGUGCAGGUGCAACGUCUACAGGGUGAUGCUGUUGUGCUCAAGAUUGCUCGACUGCAGGCCCAGGAUGCUGGCAUUUAUGAGUGCUACACCCCCUCCACAGAUGCCCACUACCUGGGCAGCUACAGCGGCAAGGUGGAGCUGAGAGUUCUUCCAGAUAUGCUGCAAGUCUCUGCUGCCCCCCCAGGACCCCGAGGCCGCCAGGCCCCAACCUCCCCACCUCGAAUAACUGUGCAUGAGGGGCAGGAGCUGGCCCUGGGCUGCCUGGCUCGGACCAGCACACAGAAGCACACACACCUGGCUGUGUCCUUUGGGCGAGCCGUGCCCGAGGCACCAGUGGGGCGAGCCACUCUACAGGAGGUGGUGGGGCUCCGGCCAGACUUGGCUGUGGAGGCUGGAGCUCCCUAUGCUGAGCGUCUGGCUGCAGGGGAGGUGCGACUGGGCAAGGAGGGGACUGACCGGUACCACAUGGUGGUGGGGGGAGCCCAGGCUGGGGACACAGGUACCUACCACUGCACGGCCGCCGAGUGGAUUCAGGAUCCCGAUGGCAGCUGGACCCAGAUCGGGGAGAAGAGGGCUGUCUUGGCCCACGUGGAUGUGCAGACGUUGUCCAGCCAGCUGGCCGUGGCAGUGGGGCCUGGUGAACGGCGGAUUGGCCCUGGGGAGCCCUUGGAACUGCAGUGCAACGUAUCAGGGGCACUGCCCCCGCCAGGCCAUCAUGCCACCUACUCUGUGGGCUGGGAAAUGGCACCUGCGGGAGCACCUGGGCCUGGUCGCCUGGUAGCCCAGCUAGACACAGAGGGUGUAGGCAGCUUGGGCCCUGGCUAUGAGGGCCGCCAUAUUGCCAUGGAGAAAGUGGCAUCCAGGACCUACCGCCUACGACUGGAGGCUGCCAGGCCUGGCGAUGCGGGUACUUACCGCUGCCUUGCCAAAGCCUACGUCCGAGGGUCUGGGGCCCGGCUUCGUGAAGCAGCCAGUGCCCGCUCCCGGCCCCUCCCUGUGCACGUUCGGGAGGAAGGUGUGGUGCUGGAGGCGGUGGCAUGGCUAGCGGGAGGCACCGUGUACCGGGGGGAGACUGCUUCCCUGCUCUGCAAUAUCUCUGUGCGUGGCGGUCCCCCAGGGCUGCGGCUGGCUGCCAGCUGGUGGGUGGAGCGACUGGAGGAAGGGGAGCUGGGCACUGCCCCUGCCGAGCUGGUGGGUGGCGUGGACCAGGACGGAGUGGCAGAGUUGGGGGUCCGGCCUGGAGGAGGCCCUAUCAGCGUGGAGUUGGUGGGGCCCCGAAGUCAUCGGCUGAGACUGCACAGCUUGGGGCCCCAGGAUGAAGGCUUGUACCACUGCGCCCCCAGUGCCUGGGUGCAGCAUGCUGACUAUAGCUGGUACCAGGCGGGCAGUGCCCGUUCUGGGCCGGUCACGGUCUAUCCUUACACACAUGCCCUGGACACCCUGUUUGUGCCCUUGCUGGUGGGCACAGGAGUUGCCCUAGUCACUGGAGCCACCGUUCUUGGCACUAUCACCUGCUGCUUCAUGAAGAGGCUGCGCAAACGGUGAUCCUUCUGACCCCAG